CUUUAGGGAGAUCUUUUCUUGCAGACUGAAACUGAGAAGCCUUUCAAUUGUGUAAAGGAAGUAUGCCUUUCGGAUUCCGCUGCAUGUGAAUGAGCAGAGGUCUCUCGCUUGUGCGUGGCGGAGAUCCCCGCCUCGCGGUGUACGCCGUGCAUGGCGUCUGGCCCCAAACUCUUUUCUUUCGUUCACUGUUACUUUUGCGCAACUUGUCACGCAUUUGUGUGUUUGAGACAAUCAAAACCGUUCGUUUUCCUUCAAAAAAUGCGCUCAAAAAAUGGAGACAGCGACGCCGACGCUGGGGCUGGCUGCUGCUGCAGGCGCGAGACAUGGCUCAACAGGUCGAGGAGGUUCCCUGAUGCGCAGAAAAGGGUAUUUUGGAUGUGAGGACAGUCCUCCCUUCUCUUCUCCAGUUUCCUCUCUGGCAUCUUCUCCGCCUCGUCCUCGUCAAAAAGUUUUUCUCUCUUCUCGCUCUUGUCUGUUCCGUCUUGCCGUCGUUGUCCCUUGUCUUCUGUCUGCGUUUUCGUGGCUGUGUUUCAGUGCUUUCUACUCGCGUACUCCAGCGUCUUUCCCCCUCGAUCGUUCCGCCUUUUCUGGAAGUCAACCAACUGGAGAAAGGCCUCAUUUUCCUGUCUUCAGUCAUUCUCUUUCUCCCCAGUUUGUCUUGUCGGCUUUUGCACUCACCGUCGAGCUCUCACCUCGUACGCGGGAGUCUUUCCUGGGAUCUUCUUCAUCCCAUCCUUCUUUCGCUCAUGUCUCCUCUCCUUCGUCGACCCAGGGCGACUUUGCAAAAGCGAAGACUCUCCCCUUUUUUCACUGUAAUUCUACGCGUACUCCCUCCGCUUCUUUGCUUCUUUCUCCUUUCUUGGCUCUCUCCCCUUCCUCUCACUUUUCUUCCUUCUUUCCAUUCGCCUUUUCCUCUUCUUCCUCUGCUUCCGCGCCAAAACCGGAAGAGGCCUCUCCGAAUCGAUGGGAGACGGAGCGAUCUCGCUUCCUUCCUCUUCGCAUGCAGUCGGAUCGUCUGCGGAAAUGCAGAAAGAGUCCGGCGGCGCUUGUCGCUGCAGAAUUGCCACGAACAUCUGGAAGAAAGUCUUCCUCGCGUAUAGGCCGAGAGCGGAGAGAGGCGGAGAUGCUCACGCGCCCGUUGCAUGCGCUGGCUGCACUGACGAAGAAGGGAGAGAGUCGGGGGAUGGCGGAGGCAGAAGAAGACAGGACAGGUUCCGUUCAAACGAGACGCAAGUGUCGAAGAUGCCCGCCGCUUCCCCGGGGACCCGGCGAGAUUCUUUGCAACGCUUUUCUGUGUGGUUGCCAGGACGCGAAGGUGGAGAGAAUGGCAAAGAAUGGCCUCGGGGCAGAAGGUGCAGGUCAUGACGAAGACGGAGAAAACCACAGUCCAGAUGCACCGCAAGCAGCAGAUCGACGCACAGAGCAUGCAGGAGACGAAGGAGAAGCAAAAGAAGAAGGAGAAGAAGAAAUACGAGCAGAUGAAGGAGGAAAAGAAGUACAAGCAGAAGAAGGAGGAGAAAAAGAAGGCGGUGAUGGAGAAGGAGAAAAAGAAGGAGAAGAAGGAAGAGACGGAAUACAUCUCAGAAAAAGGCGACGUCGGCUGUCCACGUGGAUAUCGGAUGUCCUUCGGCGCGCGCGAUUGGAACAACGAGUGGAAGAUCUGAACAUUCUGUUUCGGCAACAGGGAAGCACAGAUCGCGUUUACCUCGUCUUGCCGCUCUCAGAGGCGUUGAAUCCUCCUGCAGAUCACUUCUCGCACAACCACAUCAUGGAAGGCGACAAAGCCAUUCUCCCGCGAGAGGUGCUCCCGCUGUUGCUCGAGAGACAGUGGGACGCGCCUUGGCACUUUCUUCUCGAGAAAGUUUUCGACCUGUGCGACUCGGAGGCUCUCGCAACCACGCCUCCGAGAUUCGCUGCUGGGCGACUGCCGCAAGCCUUGCCAGGCGGCGACAAGGCUGCUAAUGCGGAGUGUGAAGGAGAGAAAAAAGCGAGGCAAAGGACGUCUCCGAGACGCGUGUCUGUCAGCGUCCUCGACUUCAGCGCCCCCCGAAACUUCAUCUUCCUCCCCUUAUGGGUCAUGAAGGCACUCGACUUGCGGCCGUUUUCGAUAGUUGCAUGCAAAUGGGAGCGCCUUCCGCUGGCGGGUCACGUCACGCUGCAGCCGACGAGCUCGGCGUUUGUGCGAGCCGUUCAGGCAACAGGUCGAGACAUUCAGAAAGUGCUCGAACAAGAGAUUCGCCACUACUCGAGCUUGACUGCGAACUCGGUCAUCCCUGUGAAAAUCCAAGGCCAGACCUUCAGGCUCCACGUUCGACAGAUUCAGGCCGAGGGCAACGCGGCGACCGGGGAAGAUGCCGACCAUGUCUGCGUACAAGAUAGCGACGUUGCGACGACGCUGCUGCCUGCGAAGGACGAGGAAAGGACGGAGACAGAGCCGAGCGCCGUCGCACAAGGACGACUGACAGGAGAACAAGAGAAACAGAGAGAGAAGAAGAGAACAGAAGACACGAAGCACGCAUAAGCGAAGGAGAGACUCGCAUGACAUCCGGGAAGAGAAGAGUCAACACGAGUGAACGAGGGAAGAAGCGAGGAGAGACGAGAGAUCACGAGUUAAGGAGAGACGGCGAGCAGACGAGAGAGUGAGGGCGGGACAGGGGGAGCGCGGAACGAGAGAUUAAGGAGCCUUUCAGUGCUCGCAUCGAUGAAUGACGAGUUUUUCUCCACUCGUGGUGGUGGGGGGUCCGCGUAAAACAAAUAUGCCCCCCCAGUAAACGACGAAGCCACAGCGUUCCGUGACCGCAUGCACUCGAGGUGGAAAAACCAGUCGAAGGACGAAGAACGGCGAUUCGCCUUGAAAUGCUCCUGGGGGCCAAGCACGUUCCACCUUCGUUUUCAUGUCUAGACGCGCCUCCACACACACAAACACUCCAUCGCUCCACCACAGCUGUCGAUCGCCCACUUCAGAUAAACCUACAAACGGAAACACAGGCCUACACAUAUAUACAUUUGUACACAU